AUGCAUGCUCAAACCUUACUCUCAUUUGCCAUCAUGGCUUUUACUUCGAUGGCCGCUGCCGACGAGACUGCCACUAUCCUCUUCACCGAAAUGGACCACGACGAUCUAGUUGGAAAGGUUAUCGGAACUGACGGUCCCCUAACCACAUACGUAAUCAACUGCAAUCCGAAGCCCCAGAAUGCAAAUUUCUACCAGAUUGGGGACUGCGACAUCUCAUCACAGGGCUGGACUGUCACCGCUGGCCCAUCUACCAUGCGUGUUGCCUUUGAUUACCCCCAUUACAGCACCAUGAUAGAGGCAUGCUCUCUCCACGCCUCCACGUCCCUCGACUGCGCCAUCACUAUGGAUUACGGUACUUCUACUGAAGUAGAAUCCGGUGGUACGGUCGGCCCAACUAGUGAUUUCUACCAGACCGUGACUAUCACCGGCACUGAAAUAGCUUCUGGAUCCGCUUCCGCACAGACUUCUCCCACUGCUGCUCAUGCUACUCCCACUACUACUGGGAGCACGUCCGCCGCCGCUGCCGUGGUUGAAUCGGGAAGUGUGCCACAGAAAGCCGCUGCUAGCACGGCAUCAUCAUCAGCAGAGGCUAGCCAGAGCACCAAUGCGGCUAUGGCGAAGGUGACAGGCAGUUCUAAGUGGGCUGUUGGUGGCGCUGCAGCCAUGGCGGCGAUUGCUAUGGUUUGA